UCCUAAAGCAGCCAUUCUUCACCAUGAUUAUGAAGAGAAGUACUGGUGUGAUGCUCCUGUUGCUAUGUUGUCUGUCUCUGUGGUGCAAGUCAGCCAGUGCUGGCACCAGUUUCCUCAGCACAUCGCAGAGACCUCCCGGUAAAGGAAAGCCUCCCCGAGUUGGUCGGAGGGCUGUGGAGGAGUUUUCUGAGCUGUUUGAGGAACACCAACCUCAAAAGGAUGGACACAAAACAGUGACAGUCCCAUUUGAGAUGGGUGUCCACCUGAGCGAGGCGGAGUACGAGGAGUAUGGCAUGGUGCUGCAGAAGAUCCUGCAGGAGGUCCUGGGAGAUGACCCACCAGCAGGAAACCUCAUCUGACCUUUGGCCUUAUGUUUCUGUCAAAACAUAGCAAAGACAACUACUGGGUACAACCCUAGCGUUGAUGAGUUUUUCUGAAUGUUAAAUGUGGAAUAAAAACAUGUCCUAUGAUUACAUCACAUGCG